UCUCUCUCUCUCUCUCUCUCUCUCUCUCUUUCUCUCUGUGUGUAUGUGUAUGUGCGUGCAACUUCCGGGGGUUGUUUUUGGCAAUGGCCGACCGUGCUGUUGGUGAUAUCGUGUGUUAACCUGGGUGGAGGGUCGAGCUAUUGCAGGGGUCGUUGAACGUUGUGGGAUGUGAUUCCGUGACCGUGGAAUCGUCAGGAAGAGCGAGGUCCUCGCAAUGGAGGCGGGACCGAAUCAGCAAUCUCAGCAGCAGCAACAACAACAACAACAACAACAGCAACAGCAGCAACAACAAGCUCAGCAAGGAUCACAACAACAAUCCGCAGCUAACGUUUGCUCGGGCCAGUCACAAUUGGCCAGUUCUCAGGUCGCCGUUGCUUCAGGCCAAUCCCAAGGUCAUACACAACAAGAUACCAGUGGUAUUGCCGUGUCAGAGGCUGGACCAGUCGAGGAAGGUGUACUUCUUGCUAGGGUUCACGUACCGGAACUCUACGUUAGCAAGUGUCUUCAAUUUCCUAAGGAUCAACUCGUUUGGGACGUGAAGCAACAAUGUCUGGCAUCUUUACCCAAGGAGGUGGCCACUUGGUACAGGGAGCUGAAGGAGAGCUUCAAUUAUGGCCUCUUCUGUCCUCCAGUCAAUGGAAAGGCUGGAAAAUUUUUGGACGAGGAACGUCGCCUUGGCGAUUAUCCUUUCAAUGGUCCUGUUGGUUACCUAGAGCUGAAGUACAAAAGGCGUGUCUACAAGAUGCUACAUCUCGAUGAGAAGCAGCUGAAGGCGAUGCACACGCGUACCAAUCUACGAAGGUUGUUAGACUAUGUAGCUAAUAGUCAAGUCGAGAAAAUAGCUAAGAUGUGCAGCAAAGGCCUGGAUCCGAAUUUUCAUUGCCAGGAGACAGGAGAGACGCCAUUGACAUUAGCGACGAGUUUAAAAAAACCAUCGAAAGUGAUCAUAGCCUUGGUUAAUGGUGGUGCCCUGUUAGAUUAUCGUACGAAAGAAGGUUUAACGGCAAUGCACCGUGCCGUUGAAAGAAAUAGUUUAGAGGCUGUUAAAACUUUAUUGGAAUUAGGAGCUAGCCCUAAUUACAAGGAUACCAAGGGUCUGACGCCACUUUAUUACAGCGUUAUCAACAAAACAGAUCCGAUGCUUUGCGAGACAUUAUUGCACGAUCAUGCUACUAUUGGGGCACAGGAUUUACAAGGGUGGCAAGAAGUUCAUCAGGCUUGCCGAAAUAAUCUGGUCCAACAUCUCGACCAUUUACUAUUUUAUGGUGCCGACAUGAACGCACGUAACGCGUCUGGUAACACCCCGUUACAUGUCUGCGCUGUUAACAACAAUGAUUCCUCCUGCAUACGUCAGUUAUUGUUCAGGGGCGCACAAAAGGACAGCCUGAAUUAUGCGAAUCAGACACCUUAUCAGGUUGCUGUUAUCGCUGGUAACAUGGAACUAGCAGAGGUCAUCAAGAAUUAUCAGCUCGAGGAAGUUGUACCAUUUAAAGGGCCACCUCGGUACAACCCAAAACGACGAUCAAUGGCAUUCGGUGGAACGUCAAUGAUGUCAACGAGCUGUUCAGCUAGCAAUCUGGGGACCCUGACUAGGAUACCAUCAACGGAACAACAUGUCGCUGGUGGAUCUAAUACUGGUAGCUUAACACGUACAAUAUCAGUGGAACAAUACUCGAGUACUGGUAACAGUUUAACAAGAGUACCAUCAGCUGAUCAAUACGUAACUACAACAACAACGGCAACAACAACAACGGCUAGUCUAAACAGAGUAUCUUCUGCGGAUCAACAAUAUGUUAAAAGUGGUGGUAUAACAGUUGAGCAAUAUACAACUGGUACACUUGUUAGAGUACCAUCAUCCUCGUCAUCUUCCUCUUCCUCUUCUUCCUCUUCUUCUUCUUCUUCAUCAUCGUCGUCGUCUACUUCGUCAUCUUCUUCUACAACAGCCGAACAACAACAACAACAAUUACAACAACAAAAUCAACAACAAAACGAUCUUACUACCUUGACCAGAAUAAAUCAUCCUCCGUCCACGGAAUCAUCAACAACAACACCGAUCCUAGUUGUAGCACCAGUAAAUACAACUGUUGUGAAUCGAGUACCGUCCAUCGAAGCUACCAGAAAUGAUAUACAAAGAAUACCGUCCGAACAACAACAACAACAACAACAACAACAACAACAACAACAACAACAACAGCUACAGCUACAACAGCAACAACAGCAACAACAUCAACAGCAACAAACGUCGCAAUCCUCGCAAAUUUUACAACAUCAUCGUAAUCAUCAUCAUCAUCAUCAUCAUCAUCAUCAUCACCACGUAGCUACUAUCAGAACGACUGAACAACAGAACCGGCAUAACUCCGAGUACCAGAGUCCAAAUUCACUGAGGGAUCCAAACGCGAGAUUGCCGAUGGAGAACUAUCAGAACAUAAGAAUGGAGGGCCUGACGAGGCUGCAGGAACAUCGGCUCGAGUUGCAACACCGUUUGGACAUUCACAGGACAAUGGAGAUGCCACCAUCACCGUCCCCCAGUAGCAGAAGUCUUGCACCUUUCAGCUCGGCUAGCUCGAGCCUAUCAGAAGGCAGCAAUCAACCGUCCGGUGAAGAUUCUGCUAGCAUUGUUACAGACAAAAGUCUUGGAGAUACAGCGUCCGAUGUGAUCAGUGAUAGCUCAGGAGUUGGUACCUCGCAAUCGGACACUACCAAUUCAUUGUCAAUACCCGGGACUACUGUCGUCUGUGUUGAAAGCUAUAACAGUGGGAUACUUGGACAUUUGACGAUCAAUCAAGGAGAUAUUCUUGAAGUUACCGGUGCUACAGAUUGUGGUUUACUCGAAGGAGUAUUACGUGGCCAAGGUACAGGAUUAUUUCCAGCACAUUGCGUUCAGGAAGUUAGACUACGUCAUACCAAUAUCCCAUUGGGUCCGCAACCAACCAGAGAUGGAAGAAAUAGGGUACUUGGUCGUAGAGAGUCCCAACACAAAUAUUUCGCUACCGCGCCAAGAUUGAAGAAACCAGUUACUUCUGAGCCGCGUACGGUAGUCCUACAUCGUUCGAGGAAAGGUUUUGGUUUUGUUUUACGUGGUGCCAAAGCUACGUCACCGUUGAUGGAACUGACACCAUCAGCGAGAUAUCCUGCUCUACAAUAUCUCGAUGAUGUUGAUCAAGGUGGUGUAGCCGAUCUUGCUGGUCUCCGUAAAGGAGAUUUUCUUAUCCAAAUCAACGAAGAGGAUGUGACAACAGCAUCUCACGAGCACGUUGUCGAUCUGAUCAGAAAGUCGGGCGAGUUGGUACGAAUGACAGUUGUCUCGCCAGUGAUCAGCCUUCCAAAUUCUCAAUCGGCAGCCGCAUUGCCGACUAGUCAACCUAUUCAAAGACAGUAUGCAACAUUGCCGCGUAAAGGUAACAACAAUGUGCCAAUUGGUGGAACUUUAGGUAGAUCACCAGCACCAAUGCCACCGCGUAGAGAUCCAAAAACAACGUUGAGCGUGGGCCGUGCUAGAGCGAGAUCUAUGGUCGCUGGAUUAGUAGAAGGCGGUGGGGAACGUGAUGACAGGGACGAGAUCACAUCGACCGGAGCUAAAUCUAGCAGCGCGGAAUCCAUUCAUUUACCUCAGCAACCAUCUACCGGGCCAAACACAGGUCAAAACACACCUGUGCAACCAAGAACGGCCAGUAUCAGAUCGAGGCCAACGUCUAGUAGAAUAACAGCCGCUGAACUCGAGGAAUUAUUCCAACGACAGCAAGGUAGUACCAGCGGCCAAUACAGUUCGUCGAUGAUGAGCUCGCACUUUCAAACUGGUCAAUCUACCAAGUCACAUCCUUCCUCGCCAGCUAAAACUGGCAGGGUCUAUGCUAGCGUAGCUGAAAUGAAACGAAAAGGAAAAUCAAACUCGAGAGUACGUUUCUUCGGUGGCUUGGGUGGCGGCUCCGACCUCCACAGAGAUUUCCAUAGUACACCUGACCUGAACAUACAAGCACAAUCGUCCAUCUUGGUUCCAAAGGGUCAUAGAAGUCAAGAGGACGUUAAUGCGGUGAACGGUAGAAAUGGAUUGCCACCGCCUAAUCAUCCCCCACCACCACCACCGGUUGGUCAGGUUGUUAAAGUGAACGUUGGGGCUAAUGUCCCUGACGUCGUUACGCCAGCUUCUGUUUACGAUAACAUGGCACAUAUCCAACAAGUCAAAGAAUUAGCAGCAGCUACGACGGAGGGUGGUUACGGCGUUAUGUCAAGUUUUCGACCGUCGAACAGCGCAAAAUUGUACGCCUCGCCCGAAGACAUGAAAACUGUUGGCUACCGAUCAAGAAGUUUACCAGCCCACGCUACAAGAUCACACGUUAGAAAAUCUCAUAGUCUUCGUGCGCCCAACAACACGACGUUCAAGCCAACAUCGGUUGGACAACAACAAAGUACCGGUAACGCUACGGGAAAUAGUACUGGCAAUGGUACAUCUAUCAAUCUAUCUAAUACCAAUAACAAUCAAUACGCACAACCAUUGAAGACUAACAGGAGCCACAGUACAGCCGGUAUUAGAGAAAGGAAAAAGAAAGUGAUCGGUACGAGUUCCUCCGUGACAAAUUUAUCAUCGCUAACUAAUACCAAUGGCAAUGCCAAUGGUAACAAUAACAAUAACAAUAAUAAUAACAAUAAUAAUAAUAAUAAUAACGGAUGCGGUGGAGGCAGUAUUGGAGGAGGAGGAGGAGGAGGAGGAGGAGGAGGAGGUGGAGGAGCUGGUGUUGGUGGUGGUAGUGUCGUUGUUGUUGGUAAUGGCGGUGGUCCGGUUGUCCCGUCAUCAGCACCACCAAUACCAGAACCAGAUUACAGUCUCUCGGAAUCAGAAAACGAUGACGAAGCUGAAGAAGAUACAGACGAGGAAGUCGAAUCUGACAUAGCUAAGGAAUUAGAAAAGGCCGCGGCACGUGAUAAAUUGGAAUCGACUCGUGAAACCUCUGGUAAUUCGAACGCAUCCGGUUCGAGUUCAUCCGGUUCAAGUUCUUUGCCGCAUUCGUUCAGCGUCGAGGAAAUACAAAAAGUGAGGACCCAAUUGAAAUCGUCGAAGAGUCAUCCAAACGAUUUUCUAUUGCAACAAACUCAACAGUCUUUAGCCGAGGACGGUGACAACAGUUCGAGCGGAGUUAGCUCUGAUCAGGAUGUACCGGUAGGUCCUCCAAUGGGAUUCGACGAUACUACGACUGUUAGGAAUCAUCCUAACGAUAUUAAUCAACAACAUGCUGGUGGUACAUUGUUAUCAGUUGGUAACAAUGAUAAAGAAUCUGGAAGUAACUCGAAGCGUACCGGUUAUGGGGGUAGUGGUAUGUUAACCAGGCAUGCUGUUAGCCUUGCGCAAUUACCACCACCCAUUGAGGCAGAUUCCGAAGAUCAAAACAAUGAUCUAUUCGUACCACCACCUCCAGAAUUUAACGCUGGUGGACCCUCAGCUGCCGCUGCUGCUGCUGUUGCUGCUGCUGCGGCUGCAGCGGCCGCUGCUGCUGCAGCUGCUGCUGCUACUGCUGCCGCCAAUACCUCUAACGUUGCCAAUGCGGACGAACUGGUCUUUGCUCCGCCACCACAAUUCUCUGACAACAAACAACAACAACAACAGCAACAACAGACCCAACAAAAUCGUGUCAAGAUUAUUGGGGCUAUUCCUAAAGUAACUGGGAACCAAGUUAAAGCUUCGGCCGGACGAUUACAUAGUCAAUGAAUUAAUCCGCAAAAUGUAUAACACACGUACACGCGCACACACACACACACACACACACACACACAGAGAUACCCAGUCAGGCAGAUAGACUGUCUCUUCAAUAGAGAGUCUCUUCUCUCUGUCGUUGAAAUUUUCAAUUUUUGAUAUGAAAAGUCAAUACUUAAAAUAUCGUAGUAGAAUUUUUGAUAAGCUCUCUGCGGGACGAUACACUUUUAUUUUCUCUUUUUUCUUUUUUUUUUUUUUUAUUACAUUUUUCUUUUUUCUUUUUUUGGUUCUUUUUUUUGUUUUUUUUUCUUUUUCUUUUUCUCUUCAUAGAUCGCUCUUUCGCCAAGCCAGUCUUCUCGUGUGCUAAUUCUUGCGCUGUUACUUUUUCUUAUUUCUUUUUAUUUUUAUUUUUUUUAUUUCUUGUUUUUUUUUUUUUUUUUUUUUUUUUUUUUAAGAAUAAAAGAGAGAGUACUGGCCUAACGAAAAGAGACAGACAUGAAUUAAUUCUACUACAAAUGCUCCUUCGAGACAAGCGAAAUUUUUUAAACGCAUAAAUAAAGGGAGAGAAAGAAGAAAAAGCGAAACAGAAAGGACGAAAACGCAAACGAAAAUGAUGAAAAUGAUGAGACAAAGGGGUUGGUGGAAGGGGUAAAAAAUCGAGUUGAGUCUCUAUCAUAUAGAAACUUGAAGAAGAAAAAGGAAGAAGAAGAGGAAGAGAAAAGAAAAGAAAUUAAAACCAAAAAAAAAGAAUAAAUAAAUAAAUAAAUAAAUAAAUAAAUAAAUAAAUAAAU